AAGAAAAAGGAGAAAGAGAAGGGUAACAUUACUGGGUUACUAUGCACUUGCGACUGAUUUCUUGGUUUUUUAUCAUUUUGAACUUUAUGGAAUACAUCGGCAGCCAAAACGCCACCCGAGGAAGGCGGCAGCGAAGAAUGCAUCCUAACGUCAGCCAAGGCUGCCAAGGAGGCUGUGCGACGUGUUCAGAUUACAAUGGAUGUUUGUCAUGUAAGCCCAGACUAUUUUUUGUUCUGGAAAGAAUUGGCAUGAAGCAGAUAGGCGUGUGUCUCUCUUCGUGUCCAAGUGGAUAUUAUGGAACUCGAUAUCCAGAUAUAAAUAAGUGUACAAAAUGCAAAGCUGACUGUGAUACCUGUUUCAACAAAAAUUUCUGCACAAAAUGUAAAAGUGGAUUUUACUUACACCUUGGAAAGUGCCUUGACAGUUGCCCAGAAGGGUUAGAAGCCAGCAACCAUACCAUGGAAUGUGUCAGUAUUGUACACUGUGAGGCCAGUGACUGGAGUUCAUGGAGCCCAUGCAUGAAGAAAGGAAAAACAUGUGGCUUCAAAAGAGGGACUGAAACACGGGUCCGAGAUAUACUGCAGCAUCCUUCAGCCAAGGGGAACCUGUGUCCCCCAACCAGCGAGACAAGAACGUGUAUAGUACAAAGAAAGAAGUGUUCAAAGGGAGAGCGAGGGAAAAAGGGAAGAGAGCGAAAACGAAAAAAACUCAAUAAAGAAGAUAAAAAGGAAACAAGCUCCUCUGACAGCAAAGGUUUGGAGUCCAGCAGAGAGACCUCAGAGCAGCACGAAAGCAAAGAGAGACAGCAGCAACAGAAGAGAAGAGCCCGAGAGAAACAACAGAAAUCGUCUGUGGAUCUCUUUUGAGAACUGGAGUCACCCUAACAGGAAGCCUCAGCUAUAUUUCCCAGAGGACCCAGGCAGGCCUGCACAGGAGGAGGCAGUCCCUGAGUGUGUGACACAGACGCUCAUGGUCCACUUUAGCCUUCUGCAACAACAACAGAUUUGCAGCCACUCUGGGUACCGUGGUUCCAGCCCUCUCAAGGUCACUGCCUCCUGAAGAAACUGCACUGAGUCUGCCUUCCACCUGUCUGUCUCUGGACCAUCUUUCUUCACCAACUGUACUGCUCACGUGGGCCACCUGGCUUAAAUGGUUUUCCACUUCUCUUUUAAGACAUAAAACUUUGAAAUAGUGCA